AUUCAGUUUGUACAUUGGAAAACAAAACACUUUCUCUUCUCUGCAACCAAUGUUUCUGGACCAGCCAUUUAAUUCUGAUAUCUCAUGGUUCUAUUUUUGUGUGACCAAGAAUUCCACUUAGUUUUGGUUUACUUUGGAAAAAUCUUUAAGGAAAAUGGAUUAUAUACCUCAAUUCAUGGCAUUUUGUUUUCUUCUAGCAGUUUGUUUUUUCAGUAAUGGGCUUUGUCAAAAUUCUACUUCAUUAAUGGUGAGAUUCCGAAUUCAAGAAGAAGUUGAUGUGAAUACUAUCAUUGGGAGGAUAUCUGAUGUACCAGGAUGGACAGAGACUGUGAAUGAAGAAUAUCAACUCAUUACAAAUCCCAACUUCCAUUCAUUUCCAUUUCAAGUGGGUUUAACUGAUGGCUCAAUUUCAACAACGGGACAUCUUAACAGAGAGGAACUUUGUCAGCCACAUGGCCACUGCUUGAUUUCUUUUAAUGUACUUGCAACCAAAGCUUUGUCCUUGGUCCAUGUGGAAAUAGAGGUUCUGGACAUCAACGACAAUGAACCAAGUUUUCUAAAACAAGAAUUGGAGCUUGAGAUUUCAGAGAGUGCUUCGUUGCGCACCCGUAUACCACUGGACAGAGCCUGGGACCCUGAUAGUGGAAGUAACACUGUGAAAACCUAUUUUCUUACUCCGAAUGAGCACUUUGCAUUGAAUGUAACUUCAAGCUCAGAUGGCAUUAAACAUCCAGAACUUGUGGUAGUUAAGGAACUGGACAGAGAAGUUCAAUCUUUUUUUCAUUUGGUCCUUACAGCAUUAGAUGGAGGCCUUCCACAAAAAUCUGGAACCACUCAUAUUAAGAUUAAUAUUUUAGACUCAAAUGACAACAGCCCUAUAUUUGGUGAAGGUUCUGUAAUACUUAAAGUCUCUGAAGACACCUCACCUGGGACAAGUCUCCUCAAUUUAACAGCAACCGAUCCAGACCAAGGUCCAAAUGGGGAGAUUGAAUUCUCAUUUAGUAAGCACACACCUCAGAAUAUUCUCAGUAUAUUCAGCAUUGACCCAAAAUUGGGUGAAAUCAUCCUAAAACAAUCACUCAACCAUGAAAACAAACAUUCAUAUGAAUUGGAUGUUCAAGCAAAGGAUAUGGGUCCAAAUCCUAUUCCUACUCACUGCAAGGUACUGAUUAAGGUGCUAGAUGUCAAUGACAAUGCACCAAAUUUACAAGUCACAUCUGCUUCUCAAAAUUCUGAGGAAAUUGUGGUUUCAGAGGCUGUUCCUUUGGGCAGUUUUGUAGCUCUAGUAAUGGCCACUGAUCCGGAUUCAGGUGCCAAUGGUCAGGUACAUUGCCAUCUUUUGCAAGAACAUGGCCAUUUUAAGUUACAGAAAUCCAAUGGUAACAGUUAUAUUUUGAAAACCAAUGCUUUGUUAGAUAGAGAGAAAUGGGAGGAAUACAAUCUGACCAUCCAAGCACAAGAUCAAGGAACCCCAACCUUUACAUCCAUAAAAUCAUUAAAGAUUCGUGUUAGUGAUGCUAAUGACAACCCUCCAAUUUUUGAAAAGAUCAGCUAUGAAGUCUCACUCGUGGAAAAUAAUCACAUACCUACCCAUCUACUUAAAGUACAUGCCCAGGAUAUAGAUUUGGGUGCUAAUGCUGAAGUUACAUACAGUAUUAUUGACUCUUAUAUUUCAGGAACUCCAGCCUCCAGUUGGGUUUCGAUUAACUCCAGUAGUGGGGAUAUAUUUGCCUUGAAAACCUUGGAUUAUGAACAAAUGUCUGAAAUACAAUUUCUUGUCCAGGCACAUGAUAAUGGCCACCCAAAACUGAACAGUAAUAUUUCAGUCAGAGUAUUUCUAAAAGACCAAAAUGACAACAAACCAGUAAUUGUACAACCACCUCUAAAAGGUGGAUGUGCAACUAUCACUAUUCUGGUGAAUGCAGAGACUGGUCAUUUGCUGUCCUCCAUGGACAAGAUAAUUUCACAGGAUGGAAAACAUUAUACAUUUGGAAAAAGCUUUGCAGGACCUCAUGAAAUUGCAGCAGAUCUAUCUCAUCACAACAUGCACCAAAUUCUUCACGUAGUAGCCACAGAUGCAGAUUCCAAUCAAAAUGCUGAACUUCUCUAUCAUCUAGCAAACAAUCAUUAUGGUUUAUUUGCUAUAGACACUAAUCUGGGUUUUAUAUAUGCAAAUGUAAGCAAUGGCAGUCAUCUUAUAGGAAAUGCUUUAGAUAUGGAGGUCAUUGUUAGAGAUAAUGGAAACCCUCAGCUAGAAGCCAAAGCUUUAUUGACCAUCAUGUUUGGUAGUCAUUUGGACCACUUAAAAAAUGCAGCUAAUGGAUCUAGUGGAAAAUUAAGCCUAUCUAUGGUGAUUGUUAUCUGCCUGGCAGUUCUUCUGGCUGUGUGUCUUCUUGUUUUGGCUCUUGUCAUGUCUUUUUGUCGAGUGGAUAGGAAAGAUAACAGAGCCUACAACUGCAGGAAAGAAGAGUCUGCUUACAGGCAUCAGCCAAAAAGGCCCCAAAGACUGAUUCAGAAGGGUGACAUCCAUGUAGUUCCCGUGAUGAGAGGAAGACAGCCACAGGGUGGAACUCCACCUGACACUACCAAGACAUUUGUUGCAUCAGAUGAAUUAAAAGAAAUUCCAGAAGAUGAUUCCCUCACUACGCCUUUUCACCUAACACCUACUCUUUACCGUACUCUAAGGAACCAACAUAAUCAUGACAUUUUUCAUGAAGACACUCAGGACUUGGAGGAAUCUUUUUCUUUGCCUCCUUCUGUAUGCCGGACACUGCAGUACCAAAGACAAAGAAGUUACUCUAGAGAGAAUCUUCAAGACUUUCACAGCACUCUCCCUGCUUCCAAAACCUUAAAGAACCCAGGCAGCCCUCAAGUGAGACUCAUUAGUGACCCUGUCUCUUCUGAACCCCUGCUUUACAACAACGGUGAAUUCUCACCAGCCACCUCUCCAACUCUGAGACGUUCCAAGCGUGCAGAAGAAGCAUCCCGUGAGCAGAUCUUACAGAACCUAGUACGACUGUCCAUGGUUGCUUUAGCAGAGAAAGAAGCAGUGGAACUCACUAUGCAGUCUCCUCACGUUCAGCAAAUUUCGCAGCUACUUUCUUUGCUUCAUCAAGGACAAGUUCAUCCUAGGACUCUUCAUAGAGGGAACAAGUAUUCCUCUAAAUCUGUCAGAUCUGCAGGACAGGAUGCUGACUGGCAGAGUACAAAGGAUAGUGGUCAUGGUGAGAGUGAAGCAGGAGACUUGGACUCUGAGCCUGGAGCUGAUCUGCCCUCCAGUCAUCAACUGAUAGAGGAUAGUCUGGAGACACUAUUGAGGCCAUGUGGAGGUUCUGGAGGCCAGAGAUUCAGUGAGCUAGACCCAGGAUGGAUAUCCAGACUCUCCUUGCCUUUGGCAAACAGCUACAAGGAAAAUAUCUUUACUCCAAACACCCAAUUAUCACAACAGCCUCCUAUAACAGCUGCCGAGAGAGAAGAACUUAGAACUUUCCUGACUUUUGGCAAAGCCUGUGACGAAUCCCAAGGGAGCAGACUAGCCAGUACCUUCCUCUCUGAGAUGAGUUCUCUCUUUGAGAUGCUGCUGAAUCAGAAAGCAGAAUCCCAUGGUGACAACACUUCAGAAGUGCUCAUGAGACUUUCAGCCUGCAGCAAGAAUUUAGGAGUGGAUGGUUCUAAAUGAGAUUAUCUUAAUACCUAAUACCAGUAGUGAGGAGGGACUGAACAUCAACUUCUAUGUCUAUAAAACUAUUUUCAUUGGGAGAGUGCUAAACUACCCACCACAAAAAUAUCCUGUAAUAUAACAAAACAUAUAAAGUUACAGACAGACCGGGUUGUGCAAAAAUGUUCAUCCAAGUCUUCAGUUUAACGGCCUUGUCUGCAAUUUCAUUCAAAUUUCCUAAGCACAGUAGAUGGAUUGGAUAAACUCGAAAUUUAUAUUUUGAGAAACUGCUGUUGCUAUUUAAAUGAGAAAAUAUUGAAAUAUGCACUUUUUAACUAUGCGAAAUGUCUUUGGAGCUUCUGUUGAGAAAAUAUUUGGUUUAGGGGAUCGCGUCUUCAACAACUUUAUCACCAUCACAAUUCUCAUAAAACAUACACUACGCUUAACUACCACAAUGGCUCAGAUAAGCAAUGUGAAUUUAUUGUAGCGUGGUGGUAACCAUACUCCGUCUUUUGUUUAGAUACACGACACAUUAUAAAUGUUAUAUGUGAUAUUUGUACGUAAAAUAUGGUGGAACCUUUAUUCGGCAAUGCAAACUAGAGGUUGAUUUGGUUGGCAAGAAACAACCUUGUACCAGCCAACUAAAGGCAACAAGCAUGAACUAUUACUUUUGAAAGAAGCAUUAUCUUGGGAAAACUCUUAAUGGAAAUAUUUGUUGUGUAUAUUGUGAGCAUGUGCAUCAUAUUGUUCACCUAUUCAGUAGAAGUGGCUGUGCAUUACUAAAACAUUUAGAUUGAGGAACCAAGGAUAGGAAUCCACAGGCAUCACAGUGUGG